AUGGGUUUGAAAAAGCUCCUUUUCAUUGCGAAUGCUGCUCAGGGUGGAAAGAAGUAUUACAGUGGGCCAUGUGGGGGCCGUGAUUGCAGCGCUGGAUGCAAAUGUUUUCCAGAGAAGGGUGCGCGGGGUCGACCAGGACCGAUUGGGCUUCAAGGACCAAUAGGUGCACCUGGAUUUACUGGCCCAGAAGGUUUGCCGGGAGCAAAAGGUGAGAGAGGAGCAGUGGGCCCCCCUGGACCAGCUGGACAGACAGGCGACAAGGGCCCAAUGGGAGUUCCAGGAUUUCAAGGCAUAAACGGGAUCCCAGGUCACCCUGGGCAAUCUGGACCUAGAGGUCUGCCUGGCCUCGAUGGCUGCAAUGGUACCACUGGGAGUCCUGGCGUUUCUGGACCAGAUGGGUUUCCUGGCCUACCUGGGCUGCCUGGUCAUCCUGGCCCAAAAGGCCUUAAAGGAGAACCUGUUUUUGCUCAAGGCAGUCUUAAAGGAAUGAAGGGAGAAAACGGUCUUCCUGGAUUGGAUGGAAUUUCUGGCCCAAAAGGUUUUCCAGGUCCAAUAGGUUCUGCAGGCCCUAUAGGAUUACCAGGUUUGCAGGGUCCAAUGGGUCCCCCUGGGCCACCGGGUCCAAAAGGUAACAUGGGAUUAGGCUUUCAAGGAGAGAAAGGAGAAAAGGGCGAUGUAGGGCUGCCUGGCCCUCCAGGUCCCCCACCAUCCACUGGAAUACUGGAAUUCAUGGGAUUUCCAAAAGGGAAGCAAGGAGAAAAGGGUGAUCCUGGCCCUCAAGGAUUCCCUGGAGACAAAGGAUUGCCUGGCAUACCGGGCUUUGGAGGUGUUGGAGAAAAAGGAGAAAAAGGUGUACCUGGCUUACCGGGUGGCAGGGGUCUUUUGGGACUGGAUGGAUCUGAUGGGAUUCCAGGGAGAAAGGGUCAUCCAGGUAUUCCAGGCUAUCCAGGACUGGAUGGAGUCGAUGGCAUAAAGGGUGAAUUAGGUGACAUCGGUCCCCCAGGCCCUCCCAUCAUUAUUGACAGGGAAGGUGUAGUCAUUUCAGGUGCCCCAGGUGACCCUGGAAACCCGGGAAUAUCUGGUCCUCCAGGAGAUGAAGGGAUCAGCGGUUUACCAGGCCUUCCAGGAGCUCCAGGGUUUCCAGGCCUGGAGAGAGAUGGAAUGGGCCCUGGAGGGUCUCCAGGUAUUCCAGGUGCGAAGGGUGAAGUGGGAGAACCAGGAAGAGGAGCGAUUGGAUUACCAGGCACUCGCGGCAGAGAUGGUUUACCGGGUCUGCCAGGAGCACCAGGAUUGCCUGGUUCACCAGGCCCUUCAUUCCCCCCAGACACGAUCCUGGAUGGAAGGACUGGGGCCCCAGGGGAGCCUGGACAAAGAGGGCUGCCAGGAGCUUUGGGUCCAAAGGGGUACAAAGGAGAGGCAGGUGAUUGUGCUUGUGAUGGAGGAGUUACAAGAGCUGGUCUAAAAGGCAUCUCAGGUCCACCAGGUCCAUCGGGAAGCCCUGGUGUGCCUGGGAUUAAGGGCAUUGGUGGAGACCCAGGCACUGUGGGCGCACCAGGACUGCGAGGCCCUCCGGCUUUGGCUGGUCAGCAAGGUCUUCCAGGCCUUAAGGGAGAAAAAGGGGAUUCAUCCUAUGCUACAGGCAGAGGUGCUCGUGGGGACCGUGGUGCGACAGCACCCAGAGGACCUUCAGGCAUCCCGGGAACCCCUGGCAGGGAUGGACUUCCAGGCUUGCCAGGCCCACCAGGCCCUCCAGGUGAUGGUGGGCUAGGUUUCCCAGGUGAAAAAGGACUGCCAGGAUUACCUGGCUCCAAGGGCCAUCGUGGAGAAACUGGUUCUCCUGGCAUUGGAUAUCCAGGUCCUAGUGGAGUUCGUGGGCCAUCAGGUGACCCAGGAAUGGAUGGGUUUCCAGGGCAAGCAGGUCUUCCAGGCCCUCCAGGUAUCACCUUGCCCUGCAUAGUUCCUGGAGCAUAUGGUCCCCCAGGGAUUCCCGGCUUUCCAGGACUGCCAGGUCCCAAAGGCAGCAAAGGCUUUCCUGGCAUUCCAGGCCAACCUGGAUUACAUGGGUCAAAAGGACAGCCAGGGUCUCCAGGAAUAAUAGGCUUGCAAGGGCAACCUGGUUUCCCUGGGCCUCGAGGAGAGCAAGGGUCACAAGGACUUCCAGGACUGGAUGGAACAGAUGGUUUGCCUGGGAAAAUGGGUGCUUCAGGCUUAGCUGGAACAAAGGGAGCUCCUGGAGAGGUAUUUGGUGCUGAGAGUGGAGCCCUGGGAGAGCGUGGCCGACCUGGACUCCCAGGUGAUAAAGGGCUUACAGGUGAUCUUGGAUUUCCAGGACCGAAAGGGUUAGAUGGAAGACCAGGCCUCCUAGGAAUUAAAGGCGAACAGGGUAAUCCAGGAUAUUCGGGUGUCCCUGGAUUGCGAGGACCUCCUGGUCCUGGAGGUCCUUUUGGCGUUAAGGGAAAACCUGGACCCUUGGGGUCAGUUGGCCUUGCAGGAGCACCAGGCUGUCAAGGACUUCCUGGAGCCAAAGGCUUGACUGGAGAUGUAGGUCCACAAGGCCCUGCUGGUAUGAAAGGCUUCCCAGGUCUUGAAGGUGCUCCAGGAUCUCCUGGGGAAAGAGGAUUCUUAGGGCCACCUGGGCCUUUUGGUCAAGAUGGACAUCCAGGUUUCUCAGGGCCAAAAGGCGAGAAAGGGUCUUCUGGCCUGCUUGGUUUCCCUGGCAUGCCAGGCCUGUCUGGUGUCCCUGGAGUGAAUGGGUUUAAGGGAACUCCUGGCACAGCUGGAGAACAAGGGAGCCCUGGAGUUCUGGGACUCCAAGGUCAAAAAGGUGAUAGAGGUGAUGUAGGUCCACCUGGUCUUCCUGUUCUUGGGCCUCCAGAACAGGCACUGCAAUUCAAAGGAAACAAAGGAGAUCCUGGAUUAGCUGGACUUGGAGGAUUCCCUGGACCUAGAGGUGAUAAAGGAAUCCCAGGAAGCCGUGGACAGCCUGGUCUCCCCGGUCCAAUUGGGUCCGCAAGCAAAGAGAGAGGUUUUCGUGGUGACCCAGGCUUCCCUGGUCCACCUGGACAGCCUGGGCUGCCAGGACAGCAGGGUACACAUGGUAUCAUAGGAUUUCCAGGCAUGCCAGGAGAGAGGGAGAGAGGGUAAAUACCUUCUUAAGGUUCAGAUGGUAUCACAGGAACACUUGGAUUCCCAGGUCCUAUUGGCCUCCCUGGUCCAAAGGGUGACCAGGGAGAGCCUGCUGGCAUUUCUGGCAUUGCUGGAGCAAAAGGAGAGCGAGGGGACCCGGGGUUCCCAGGAGAGAGAGGGAGAGAAGGACUCAAGGGUGAACCAGGCUACCCAGGAAACACUGGGGUGAACGGACUCAAAGGCAGCCCAGGAGAUCUUGGCCAAGAAGGACCAGCAGGAAUCCCUGGAAACGCUGGGCUGAGAGGAAUCCCUGGGCCACCAGGACCUCCAGGGCAGCCAGGAUCUGUCGGAUUCCCUGGAGCUCGUGGAACAGCAGGACCUAAAGGGUUUCAUGGAUUUCCGGGUUUAAAUGGUCUGAAUGGCUUGCCGGGCACAAAAGGGUCUCCUGGAACACCAGGUCUGAGUGAAGCUGGACUGAAAGGCCCUGCAGGUCUCCCAGGUCCGAAGGGUGAAGGAGGUUCUCCAGGCUUGGGUAGAGGAGCUCUAGGAUUCCCUGGACCAAAAGGCUCAGCAGGAGACAUGGGUCCCCCUGGUCCUGUGGGACUGCCUGGCUUGCCAGGAACACCUGGAGCUUCUCUUCCUUCUGAUAUACGUGGGAGACCUGGGGACGCUGGCCAUCCAGGAACUGAUGGGAGUUCAGGUCUUCCAGGUCCUCCAGGACCACGAGGGCCCUCUGGCCCAGCUUCUGACCAAGGUGACACAGGCACUCCAGGUUUCCCUGGUGUUCUUGGCUUGCGAGGCAUUAAGGGUGACGUGGGACCCACUGGUCCAAUUGGACUCCCUGGAGCAUCUGGAUUCAAAGGUGUAAGAGGGGACCCUGGCCUUAUGGGGAUGCCAGGUAAAGAUGGGCCUCCGGGGGAUCCUGGUUACCCUGGGCUGAAAGGUGAAAUGGGCCAUCGAGGUCUCCCUGGCCAACAAGGGGCUCCAGGUACAACCCCACAGCCAGAAGAAAUCACAGCCCCUGCAGGCUUACCUGGUCUGCCAGGAAUUGAUGGUGUCCCUGGCUUUGAUGGAGAUCCUGGAUUCCAGGGCCCAGCUGGAAAACCAGGUACAAAAGGUCUGCCAGGAAGAUCUGGUUUGAAAGGACGUGAUGGUUUACCUGGAUCACCUGGCAUAGCUGGGGAUCCAGGACCUUCGGGUGCCCCAGGACCACAAGGAUUUGAAGGAUACACUUUAGUGAAGCACAGUCAAUCAGACCAAAUCCCACCUUGUCCCAUAGGAAUGAAUAAGCUCUGGGACGGCUACAGCUUAUUGUACGUGGAGGGGCAGGAAAAGUCACACAACCAGGAUCUUGGUUUUGCUGGCUCGUGUUUGCCUCGCUUCAGCACCAUGCCUUUUAUUUACUGCAACAUCAAUGAAGUGUGCUACUACGCCAGCCGAAAUGACAAGUCCUACUGGCUCUCCACCACUGCUCCUAUCCCCAUGAUGCCAGUGGACAGUGUUCAGAUCCCACAGUACAUCAGUCGUUGCUCAGUAUGUGAAGCACCUUCCCAGGCUGUGGCUGUGCACAGCCAGGACAUCACCAUCCCACAGUGUCCCGUUGGUUGGCGCAGCCUAUGGAUAGGAUACUCCUUCCUUAUGCAUACUGCGGCUGGUGCAGAAGGUGGAGGUCAGUCCCUUGUCUCACCCGGUUCUUGCCUGGAGGAUUUCCGUGCUACUCCAUUCAUUGAAUGCCAGGGUGCUAGGGGAACGUGCCAUUACUUUGCAAACAAAUACAGCUUCUGGCUGACGACUGUUGAACAGUCGCAGCAGUUUGUCAGUGCUCCUCCCUCAGAAACUCUGAAAGCAGGACAGCUUCGAACAAGGGUCAGUCGUUGCCAAGUGUGCAUGAAGAAUUUGUAG